GUCGCCGCCUGCUUUCUCUCUGUCCGCUGCCGCCGCUCUGCCGGGAGGGGCGGCCGCCCCGCGCCCCCGGCCCCGCGAUGCCGCUCUUCGCCACCAACCCCUUCGACCAGGAUGUGGAGAAAGCAACCAGUGAGAUGAACACUGCAGAAGACUGGGGCCUCAUCUUAGACAUCUGUGAUAAAGUUGGACAGUCGCGCACAGGACCUAAAGACUGUCUUCGCUCUAUUAUGAAGAGAGUGAACCAUAAAGAUCCUCAUGUUGCUAUGCAAGCGUUAACGCUUCUAGGAGCAUGUGUAUCAAACUGUGGCAAAAUCUUUCAUUUAGAAGUCUGUUCAAGAGAUUUUGCCAGUGAAGUAAGCAAUGUGUUGAAUAAGGGUCAUCCAAAAGUUUGUGAAAAGCUGAAAGCCCUUAUGGUGGAAUGGACUGAUGAAUUCAAGAAUGACCCACAACUUAGUUUAAUAUCUGCUAUGAUAAAAAAUCUUAAGGAGCAAGGAGUUACUUUCCCAGCUAUUGGUUCACAGGCUGCUGAACAGGCAAAAGCAAGUCCAGCUCUAGUUGCCAAAGAUCCUGGUACUGUAGCCAACAAAAAGGAAGAAGAGGAUUUAGCUAAAGCUAUUGAACUGUCACUAAAAGAACAAAGGCAACAGCAAACAACACUUUCCAGUUUGUAUCCGAGCACCUCAAGCCUUUUAACAAACCACAAACAUGAGGGCCGAAAGGUUCGUGCAAUUUAUGAUUUUGAGGCUGCUGAAGACAACGAAUUAACUUUUAAAGCUGGAGAACUUAUAACUAUCCUUGAUGACAGUGAUCCAAAUUGGUGGAAAGGUGAAACUCACCAGGGUAUAGGAUUGUUUCCAUCUAAUUUUGUAACAGCUGAUCUUUCUGCUGAGCCAGAAAUGAUAAAAGCUGAGAAGAAAACAGUGCAGUUCAGUGAUGAAAUUCAAGUAGAGACAAUAGAACCUGAGCCUGAACCAGUUUAUAUUGAUGAAGAUAAAAUGGACCAACUCUUACAGAUGUUACAAAGUGCAGAUCCAUCUGAUGACCAGCCAGACCUCCCAGAAUUGCUUCAUCUUGAGGCAAUGUGCCACCAGAUGGGACCUCUCAUAGAUGAAAAGUUGGAAGAUAUAGACAGGAAACAUUCAGAACUGUCAGAGCUCAAUGUUAAAGCAAUGGAGGCUCUUUCUUUGUAUAACAAAUUGGUGAAUGAGGACCCAAUGUAUUCCAUGUACGCAAAACUACAAAACCAACAGUAUUACAUGCAGUCAUCUGGUGUUUCUGGCUCUCAGGUUUAUCCGGGGCAAACUCAAAGUAAUGCAUACUUGGUAGCAGGGAGUGCACAGAUGGGCCAUAUUCAAGGUUACAAUCUUCCUCCUGAACAGCUCCCUUCUCUCAGCCAAGGCACAGUUACUCCAUCUGCCAGCUCAGUACUGCCUGGUCAGCCUGCACAGACAUCUUACACAAAUGCAAUGGUUGGUUCUGUUGCUGGAAGUACUUACUCUAACCAGGCUUCAGUGUAUAGUCCACCACCUGCUACUGUUGAUGUUGCUGCUUAUCAGAAUGCUGGAACUAAUAUGUCCCAGGUGCCAAACUAUAACUUAGCAUCUACAGCUCUGCCACAGACAGCAGGCAGUCAGCAAGCACCUCCACAACAACCACAGCCUCCACCACCUCAACAACCACAGCAUAGUUACUCACAGAAGGCUCUACUAUAGGAUCCAGGACUUCUGAUUCCUAAUCUUCUUUAACCUCUGCUAAAGGCAGUUGGCGAUUCUAUGAGUUUCUUCCUUUAAUCUCUUAAACUUUGUUUAUUCUCAGCUUAAUAAGAAUCUCUCUUGGUGAACAAGUUCAAUUUGCACUGACUUUUUAGGAUUUUUUUUUUAAUUUUGCAGAGGAACUGAUAUAUUUAGGAAAUUUACUUCCUUUUAAAAUGCCUAAAAAUUGGUACAAGAUUAUUUAUGUAUGGUAAAAUUGGCUAGUCUGUGAAAACUCAACAUUUGCAAACUGUUGUGGCAUAUAUGUUAUGUACGUAUAGUGUGUGAUUGCAGUAGUGCCCAUUUCAUAUAGCUGUGGUGGUUGUGUGAAUAUAUUUAACACAAUGUUUAAAAAUAAUUUACUAUUUUAUUUUAAUCAUGAACUGACAACCAUAUUUCAUAGUUUUGUGUAGUUUUAAGACAGAUGUGAUGUCAUUUUCCAGUGCAGGAAUAGCAGUAAUUCUGCAUAUCAUGGUUACAAUUACGAGCUAGGGUCUAUAUAUGAAUUUACAAACUUAUCUGAGUCUAGGUUUCACUACUUCUUGAAUUGAACACAAGUGUAUCAUGACUAUUAGAUAGCUUAUCUACCAAAGUAAACUUGUUAACUAGUAAGUGAUUUGGGGGGAUAACAGCAAAUUAUGAUUCUGCUUCGGACGUAAUUAAUAACUUAAAACUACUAUUCAGAGGCUGCUAAACAUAUGGGACCAUGCAACAGAUCAGGAUCUUGCAUUUUGUCAUGAGAAGCAUGUAAUUUAUUUUUUCCAAGUUGUUUUUUACAAUGAGAACUAGAACUAUGUUCUAUGUGUGUUGGUAGAGAUUACACCAAAGAAAGACAGAGGAAUUGAAUUGGAAGAGAAACAAUGGAGUUUUAAACUGGAACACACAACAUGAAUUACACUAUUUUAUUUGAAUCUUCUUAAUUAGAACAUGGAGAAUUAUGGACAUUUAAAUCACUUUGCUGAACAAACCUUCAGGGCUUCGUUUUAUCUCUUGUGGCCUUGCUUAGCAAUUUGUUCUGUUUACUGUUCUGACACAAACACUUCUGCCUUAAAUGUCUGUUUCAGUUUUCAGUUGUACCAUUUGAAUUUAUCAGCCCUUCUAUAGUAUCUAUAGUUUAUGAAGCAUCUCAUUUUAAUCGACAUUCAGGUUACUUUGAAUUGUCUUCUGCAGCAACAUGUAUUAGCCUGUUUUAAACCCUUAUGUUUCUCAGUAACUUAGUGAGCUGGCUCUUUAAGGCACUGUAUUUUCUUUCUGUGGCUGAGGUGCUACAAAAGAAACAUGGUAAUUGAAGGCAGCAUUUUAGGUAUGCUUGAUCUGAGUUUCUUUUACAGAGACUGUUGUUAUUUUGCAUUUGUAUUCAAUCUAGUAAUGUAUCCUGGUUUUGUCUUUUCCAGCUACUUUAAUUCCUCUUAAAGCAAUACUAGAUGGCUUCAACAUCAGAUCUAUGUUUUUAGUCUUGCUACUGUGUGUCAGAAAUUGUUUGCUUGUAUGUACUUUAUUUAGUGUGACGCUUCUGGAAUUAAAUGUUGCAAUUGUACAUUAUACUAUAAAAUGACCUCAGUUAUCCCAUACACUCCUGCAUCUGUUCACAGCUACCUAAGAUGCCUUUGUUUCACUAUUUUAAUUGACACUGGUGUUUUGCCAGAUGCUUUCAGAUGACUACUUUGCAUAACUUUUGAUGGGGGUGGUUACAAAACAUGCCCAUAGGUGAUCUGUUCCAGUUGGAGAUGUUCUAGCCAGAUGAUUGUUCUAAUACUACUAUUUUCACAUUUUUUUUCUCUAGAAUUCUUAUGCGCUCUCGCAAACUGUCAUUAAUUACUUCAGUACUUGGUAGCAUCACAAAAGCCUGUGGAAUUUGAGAAGAAAUACUGAGGAAAAAAAUAAUAAUCCAAGAUAUUGUGUCAUAGAUAAUUUUUUAAGGAUUGAAGAGGUGAUCUCUUUAGAAAAGACAUAUAGUAUAAUUUAGUGUUCUCUGUAUGCAUUCAGUACCUUAUUCCAAAAUCAGAUAUACAAUGUGUAUAGAAAUGUAUAAUUUAUACACAAAAGUGAAAAUAACUUUUGAUUCUAUAGUUCUUAGUCCCUGAUUCAAAGAGAAGCUUGAAGCAUCGAGAUAGUGUGGCUGACAUUGACUGUUGUAUUCUUAGGUUUUCACAUGUUGUGCCACAUGUUCACUAACAAGAGCCUGUGGAACUUCUGUACAGAAAAGACCCAGCAAACAUACUUUUUUUUACUAAUUUGUCUUUGUUUUUAAAAUUUUUGAAGUCUUUUCUUGACAUACAGAAAUGCUUGUUCCUGGUUUCUCAUUUGAAUGCUGAAACCUUAGGUAUAUCUUAAGUUUUUCUGCUUUCCAACUUGCUUAUUUUGGGCAUUCAGUCAUGUUUAUGAAAAUUAAAAUCACCUUUCAUUUAUAUUCAUCAUGACCAAAAAAACCACUUGCUAAAUUCAAUGCCCCUCUAAAUUCAAUAUAAUGAAAGUUUUGAAUAAAAGAUGGACACUUUCUGUUUUCCUUCCCGCCUUUAUUAAAGUCACUGCUCUAAGCUAUCCCCUGUAACAGACUGGGAAUUUUAGUUGAUUUUGAUUCAGAUUUCAUUGUCUACAGCUGGUGCAGUAGGUCACUAUUUUUAGGUUCAGAGUCUUAGUGCUUCUGCUGCAACCUACGUUUUCCAUUUCACAUGCAAUUUUCUGAUUAAAUUAAAUUUGGAGCUGUGUUGCUUUAUGUUGAUUUUUCUCAUCAGAAAAGUUAAUUUUAUCUUCUUGCUUGGUUGUGUCCUAUAUACUCAAUACUCUAAAGUGAUGCCUUCUCCUACCUUGCUAGAUGCUGUCAUUGCAUGAAUUCAUUCAGUCAUCCUCUUGUAUUCUCUGUUAUAACUUAGAAAUUUUAUGUCAGUUCAGCUCCUCUCUGUGGGUUUGGUAUCAUGAACGUGGAGAUGCCAUUGCUGGUCCUUCUCUGCCGUGAUUGAUUCUCAGAUUCCUCAUUUAUAUAUUGUUUUGACCAAGUUCAUGUAUGUUCCACCUUACUGUGGUAUUGAACACGGAAAUGUGGGUGAAUGGGGGAAAGUACACAUGCAGCUACUGUGUGGAAAAGCUUUUUAGCAAUUAAAUAAAAUGUGAGAAAGUUAAACUAUUUGAAAGUUAAGAAUCCUUGGAAAUGUUACUCGUGUUCCAAUAGAAGACCUAAUUUUUGAAUGCCUUGUUUCUUUACAUGUAAAUUGUUGAUGUAAGGCUGAAAUGUUUUCAAAAUAUUUUGUAUAACCCUCUGUCACUUAACCCUUUCAUUAAGGAAUACAAAAAUGCUAAUUACCUACAGAAGGGGUAUUUCAGUAACUUGGUUAGCCUGAACUGGAGCAAAUUCUGGAAAGUGCCUUCUGUGCAUUUCACUUCUACAAGCAAAACUUGUUUACCCUGUAUAUCAUCUCAAUUUAUGUGAGCAUAACAAAGGUGUUAAGAUUUACUGUAAAACAUCCCAGAAAAAAACAGAGGCAGCAUGUUGAAAUUUGCUGUAUUGAUGUCAUGGCAGUGUGUUCCAGAGUGCUCAGCUGCAGGAACAGUCACAACAUAUUUGUCCACCUCUGUUUAGUAAAUGGUACUGGUGUAGAUGUGUACUUAAUGUCAUUGGCCAAAACAUAUAUAGACAGCAGUAAAACAACAGUAAAAAGGAGCAAAAUAUAAGAAUUACUGCAGGCUUCUCAACAGGUGUGGGGCAGCACGCUACCCUCAUGGUACAGUUACUGUUCAUGAACUUUGAGUCUGGAGAACUGAAAUGAAUUUGAACUUUAGAAAAUUCUGGCAGAUUGAAAAUGAUUAGAUAUAAUGAAGGUGAUAAAUUUGCUCUUAAUACCAUGUACAUAUUUUGCUGAUUAAAUCUAGGCUGCUAUUAUAGUUCUCUGAUUUCAUCUAGAUGGCAGGAACAUCAGAUUUACACUGGAGAACUGCUUAAUACCUCAUUCUCCAAUUUUUUUCAUGUUUUCUCUAAUAUCACUUACUUUAUUUUUCACUCACAUUCAAUGAUAUCUCUGCAGUCUUUACAUACAAAGGUCUUACCUUAUUCCUUCUCUGCUGGGUUUCACAGAAUGAAAAAGGAUAUCUCUAAUUAGAGCAGCUACACUGGCACUUUGAAUUACACAACUGCAGCUUCCUUUGGAGAAGAUGCAUGUAUCUAUUUUGAAGAACAAGGGAGCAUAAUUUUUCCAGUUAAAACCUUGGAGGAGAUAUUUUUAAAGAAAAAGGUAGAGUAAAAGUUACAGAAACCACCAUUACUAACAGCAGGCAGAAUCAUUUUUUUCUCUGUUACUCAAUCUUAGUAAAGCUGACCGACUCCACACUACAGCUACUCCUUUCUCGUUUUUGGCUGCAAUGAAGAAUAGUGACCUUCAUACAUAGACUGUCCAAAACUGUAGGAAAACAUGGAGAAGGCCUUGACAUUUGAACUUUUUCCUUCAAUGUAAAAAACACUAUCUACAUUUUUGAAGCCUUGUUUCUUGAAUUAUGAUGGUUGGGUUUAAAAACAUUCCAUUUGCUACUAUGUAAAAUUGCAGAUCUGAAGAUCCCUUUUUAUGCUGCUACCUUGGCAAAAAGGUGGUAGGGGCUUUUGUUCUUCUAUCCUGCAUGUCCUUCUGGAAUCCAAAUAAUUUUUGUCUUUGUCAUGAAAAAGAAACCUGCUGCAGUCUGCUUUGGUUUUAAUAAAGUGUACACAGUAGCAAAGUGCAUUUUUGUUUGGCUUUGUUUGUUUUGAUGCUCCCUUUGAUGUUGGCAUAUGUAUAUAUUUAGAUAUACUACACUGUUGUACAAGAAUUGUUUUAGUAAAUAACACUAUUUGUAAAAACUGUUAAUUGUUUUUAGUAUGAAUGCAAAAUAUUAAAGUUCGAGUAUUUAGUUCA